CUUCCCAUCAUGAUAUAUCAAAUUAUUUUUCCAGAAGAGUUUUACAGAUCAUUGUUCUCAAUAAUAGCGUGAAGAAGUUUUGAAAUGAUUUAUCUUGGCCUUGCUUUAUACCACAAUAACCUUGCAUUAUAACAGGGUUGUGCAAACUUUGUAUAUCCACUGUGUAUACGCAUUAACAUGUGAGUCAACAUCUGUGUUUGUGUGCCGACGGAAAACUUUGGUGAAUAGAGAGUGUUUGGGCUAUCUAAAGCAAACACAUUAAUCAGGAUGCGUGGUAGCCUGAGAGCACAUAUUACACGCAGAAGUGAGCCCAUGAAAAAAGGGAGAAAAGUGGCUUUUACCUUUCGCGCUUCAAUGUGUUUGCUCAUAAAAUGGACGUGUUACUUGAUCACCCCCUUCAAAAAUUGUUCACAAGCAUGAAAUAUAUACAUUAUGCUAUACAACUUCAAUUGUGUGUUUGUGGACAAAAGAGGUCUUGAAAUGUCAUUUGUCAAGUAUUCUUUGGCUAAAAGUGGUCACAAUGACUUCAUACUGCGGUUCAGACACAGCCAGCAUCUCAUUUAUUUGCAUCAGAUUUGCAUGACAGGCCUCAGAUGUGAUUGAAACAGUAGCUCCGGUGGAGUUUGAUUUGCCUUCGCGCACAGUUUGUGCCUUGUUGUCCAGGGUUGAGAGCUGUAAAGUCUCCCUGGCAUUUUCUUUUUCUUUUCUAUUCUUAUACAAGGUAUUUAGACGGAAAUAAAGCAAAUGUUCAAUAUGGUGUGUGUUCCCUCCAUCGUUAUGCUGGGAGUGGUUUAUGUGGCCUACGUGCUUAUUGGAGGGGUGAUAUUUUGGAAGUUGGAAGGGGAUUUCGGGGAGAAGGACAUCAGGCUUUUGUUGAUGAACAAACAGAAGCUAUUGUCAACAUACACGUGUCUGGAGCUAAAUGGCCUUGAGGAAGUGGCAAAGGUUAUUCAAGAUGCAUCGAAAGUGGGCCUUAGUUUGAAAGGCAACAGCACCACAGACGGAUUCUGGAAAUUUACCAGCUCGGCUGUUUUUGCUGCCACUGUGGUCACAACCAUAGGUUAUGGAAACAUGAGCCCUCGUUCCACCGCUGCUCAGAUCUUCUGUGUGUUCUUUGCCCUUUUUGGCAUCCCUCUCAAUGUGGUGGUGCUCAACAGGGUGGGCAAAUACAUGAUCGUAAUUGAGCGGAAUAUCUCCACAUUUCUUGAAGGACAAACCGGGAGAGCGAGGUGUUCACAUUUCUUCGUCCACCUGGUGUCCUACCUAUCCGGAGCUCUCCUCUUCUUCAUUGUUCCCAUGGUUGUGUUCCAGCUUCAUGAAGGUUGGACUUUCUCACAGGCCAUCUACUACUGCUUCAUCACCCUCAGCACCAUCGGCUUUGGAGAUUUUGUGGCUGACAAUAACCCAGAUAAAGUUUACCCGGAGUGGUACAGCUUUUUCAUUGCCUGCUGGAUAUUCUUUGGCCUGGCCUGGCUGGCGCUUAUCAUCAACCACUCCAGUGACAUCCUGGAAAAACUCAACACGCACCUCAAACAGUGUUGGGGGGGUCACCAGCAAGAGGAACAUGAGAGCAGCGACAAUGACACACAGCUACAACAGGAAGAUAAGGUCAAGCAGCCAUCGUUAACUCACUAAUCGUAAACAAGUGCACUGAAAAGAAUGACUUUGGGGUAUUGUAAAUUGUAUUAAAUUGACUGUAAUAUGGCUAUGUAAUAUGACUUAGGGUGAGACCCUAAGUCACAAGAGUCAAACUUGCCCACCAUAUUUUUUCAUGUGGCCCACAAAAGUUAAUCUUCUGCAUUAACUCCAUGUUUUUCAUUAAAGCAAAUUUAAAUACAAUUUAUUUAGCCCUAAAUAAACAAAA